UCCAUCAGCCGUUUCCGGGUCACAUACAAAUCCUGUAGGCACGCUGGCAAAACACCGAGGCGACCGGUAGUGUCUGCAGAAUGGACUUUGUUUAUGGCCCGCUGGGCUUGAGUGUCGUCGCAGGAUGUGGGCUCAUCCUCGGUUGGUACCUCCGGGGCCGGUUCGCUCCCGCCCCCAAAGCCGCGGCAGCGGCAAUGGGGAACAGCUCAGGGGAGGCCAGUGUGAUGGGAGAAGGAGGAGAAUACAAGAUGAUUCUUGUAGUACGAAACGACCUAAAGAUGGGCAAAGGUAAAGUGGCUGCUCAGUGUUCCCACGCGGCCGUGUCUGCGUACAAACAGGUCCAGCGGAGGCACCCGGAGCUGUUGAAGGAGUGGGAGUACUGCGGCCAGCCGAAGGUGGUGGUCAAAGCGCCAGACGAAGAGACCCUCAUUGAUCUACUGGCACGCGCCAAAGAAAUGGGACUUCCUAUUAGUUUGAUCCAAGACGCAGGCCGGACACAGAUCGCCCCGGGGUCACGCACAGUGCUGGGGAUUGGCCCUGGCCCAUCUGAUUUGGUUGAUAUGGUCACUGGAGAGCUAAAACUCUAUUAAACAUCAUCUUUGCUACGCACCACCGUACUAGCAAAGAUGCUGGAAGACAUUUUUAUAAUAUGAGUUGUAUUUUUUACAGCGCACAUUCACAAGGCUUCUUGCAAUGUACUGAAGUAAUAGUACAGUGUAUACUGUGUUACCCAGUAAUGUUUGGCUAAAUACUUUUGUUAAAUGGUUUAAAUAAAAUUGC